CGGAAGUGGGCGGGGCAUCAAAGUUCAAAUCCCAGCGUCCUUUGCGCCGUUUCCCUUUCCGUCUCUUUCCGGCAUCCAAGAUGUCGAAGCGAGGACGUGGCGGGUCCUCCGGCGCCAAAUUCCGCAUUUCCCUGGGUCUCCCCGUGGGUGCCGUCAUCAACUGUGCGGACAACACAGGAGCCAAAAACCUCUACAUCAUCUCCGUGAAGGGGAUCAAGGGACGACUGAACAGGCUCCCUGCCGCCGGCGUCGGGGACAUGGUGAUGGCCACAGUCAAGAAGGGCAAGCCAGAGCUGCGGAAGAAGGUGCAUCCUGCAGUGGUAAUUCGACAACGAAAGUCAUAUAGAAGAAAAGAUGGUGUGUUUCUUUAUUUUGAAGAUAAUGCAGGAGUCAUAGUAAACAAUAAAGGCGAGAUGAAAGGUUCUGCCAUCACUGGACCAGUUGCAAAGGAGUGUGCAGACUUGUGGCCCAGGAUUGCAUCCAACGCAGGCAGCAUUGCCUAGUUGUUCAGUGUAUUUGUAUAAAAAAGAUAACCAAUUAAAAAUUAUUUGCGCCCA